CGCUUGUCAUUUGGGGUCUAGAUCUUUGUUCCCAGGGGCUGAGAGAAGCUGCUCCAUAUUGAAGAGUUUGAGUACUGUGUGUAUCUAGAUAUUUGACGCAUCUGAAUAUUAAAGUCAGAAUUUAUUUUGCUUGUAGCAUUUGUUUGGAGAGCUGAAGCAAGAUCUCAAAAUGGCAGCAAAAAAUCUCAAAGUAGGCGAUCUUGUUUGGGCAAAAAUGAAAGGCUUUCCAUCAUGGCCAGCCAGAAUAAUUGAACCUCCAAUAACUGAAAUAUCAAGGAAGCCAAAGAAAGGACAUUAUGUGUAUUUUUUUGGUUCCGAUAAUUAUGCCUGGAUAAUGGAUGAUAAGAUUGUACUUCAUACAAACAGUAUGCUGGAGAAUGGUGGUAAAAAACGUUCAGCUGCACUGCAAAAAGCUAUUGAAGCUCUUUUAAAUUACAAUAGAAACAAUGCUAAGAAAGAGAAGUCAUCUGCACAUAAAGUUGAUCAGACAAAUAGUCAGGUCGAGAAAGAUUUUCCUGAAAGCAAGUCACCUCAGCUUGUUAAUGAUGAUGCAAAAAAGAGUAUAGGGAAGAAAGUUCAACCUCCCAAAAAGGUUAAAGAGAACAAAUCUGCACAUAAAGUUGAUCAGACAAAUAGUCAGGCCGAGAAAGAUUUUCCUGAAAGCAAGUCACCUCAGCUUGUUGAUGAUGCAAAAAAGAGUAUAGGGAAGAAAGUUCAACCUCCCAAAAAGGUUAAAGAGAACAAAUCUGCACAUAAAGUUGAUCAGACAAAUAGUCAGGUCAAGAAAGAUUUUCCUGAAAGCAAGUCACCUCAGCGUGUUAAUGAUGAUGCAGAAAAGAUUAUAGGGAAGAAAGUUCAACCUCCCAAAAAGGUUAAAGAGAACAAAUCUGCACAUAAAGUUGAUCAGACAAAUAGUCAGGUCAAGAAAGAUUUUCCUGAAAGCAAGUCACCUCAGCUUGUUAAUGAUGAUGCAAAAAAGAGUAUAGGGAAGAAAGUUCAACCUCCCAAAAAGGUUAAAGAGAACAAAGUACAGAAGAAAACACCCGAAAAGCGUCCAUCAAUUCCUGAAUCUGAUGAUGAUAGUGAUUCUUCUGUAUUUUUUAAAAGAAGCAGGCCUAGUACUAGUACUAGUACUACUUGUACUUCUGAUGAAUAUUCUGCAAGUGAUGUUGAUACAUGGUUAAGCUUUUCAUCUUCUGGAUCAAGCAGAUCAUCUAGUCCUUAUGAUAUUGAAAGGUGCAAAGAAUCCGUGAAGCCAAAGAUUGGUCGACCUACAAGUAAAAGAAUUGGUUUCCUUGGCCUGGGUUUAAUGGGCCAAGGAAUAGUAAUGAACUUGCUGAAAUCGGGACAUAGAGUAACAGUUUGGAAUCGAAGUCUAGGAAUAGUGGAAAGUUUUCUAGAAGUUGGUGCAGAAACAUGUAUGACUCCAGCUGAAGUUGUUGCAGUUUCUGAUAUAAUAUUUUGCUGUGUUUCUGAUCCAGAAGCUGCAAAAUCAGUGGUAUUUGGAAAUGAUGGAGUCCUUCAUGGACUCGAGUGUUGCGAUGUAGGUGGAAAAGGAUACGUAGAAAUGACUUCUGUUGAUCCAGACACAUCUUGUGAUAUAGCUGAAGCAAUAAUCUCUAAUAGGGGCAAGUAUCUUGAAGCCCCAGUCAUUGGUUCAAAGAGAGAAGCUGAAGAAGGCACUUUAUUUAUACUAGCUUCUGGUAGCAGAUCUUUAUUUAAAGAUUGUGAAACAUGCUUUCGUGCAAUCUCAAAUCAUGUGUAUUAUAUAUCACAGGAUUUCCCAAGUAGCUCAAAGAUGAACCUUAUUCUUACCAUGUUUCUUGGAACAACAUAUGUAGCACUGUCAGAAGCUCUGGCUUUAGUAGAAAAAGCAAGACUUUCACAGGAAGAUUUUAUGGAAAUUCUUUCAGUGGGAACCUUAAAUUGUCAAACAGUGCUAGACAAAGGUCAUGCAAUAGUUGCCAGAGAUUUUUCACCUAAUACUCCUUUGAAGCAUAUGCAGAAAGAUUUGAAUUUAGCCAUGUCAAUGGGUCAUUUUCUUGGUCAACCCAUGCCCCUUGCUGCUGCAGCAAAUGAAGCUUAUAAACAUGCAAAGCUCCUCAGAUUUUCUGAUCAUGAUGUUUGUGCUGUGUAUCUGGGUGCAAAAUAUUAAUCACAUUGCAGACUGUGUCUUUAUAUACAUAUAUCUCUGAAGCAGAUGAACCUUGUUUUUUACAUCGCCCAUUGAAGUAUCAUUUACAAAUCAUUUAUACAAUUCUUAUUAUUGAACAUGGAUUGUCAUCUGACUGGAAUGUGGACCAAUGUAAUUUGGUCCACAAUCCAGUCCUUUGGUACCUCAUCUGUUUCUAAAUCAUCUCUAAGUAUUUUAAUCAUUUUCAUCAGUUAUUUCUCUUACUAAAAAUAAAAAUUAGUCUUCAUUUUUGGUAACAAAAUGAAAAGUAUUCUGUUAGCCGUAUUUUAAUUUUGUACAAAAAAUAUCCGUGUUGAAUAAUUUAGUUAUCAAAAGUUAAUUCCACUUGGAUUGUUAUAUGUAUAGCUCUCUCUAUAUGCAUAUAGAGAGAUAAUUGCCAACUCUUGUUUUUUUCCAGGAGAGUCCUGGUUCUCUUGAUAAUUAUCAGAUUUCCCAAUUUUAAAUUUUAAAAUAUUUCCCUCCAAUAAAUUAAUUCAUUGAACUAAUGAAACUUAACUUGUACAUGUUUGAUUUCCAAACCCCCUAGUGAUUUUCCUCAAAUUUUUUUGUAUUUUAAUUUAUUUGAUCUGAAUUUUUUAAUGUACUGUCGACAUUUUGUAGAACUUUAUAUGAAAACUUGGCCAAUGUUUAAAGUCAGUUUGGAGUUCUUUUGAUGGCCAUCACCGUGCAACACAAACUCCUAGUUUUUCAUACCUCAAGGUUGUCAGCUAUAUGUAUAUAAGGUACAAAAAAUGACGGCAAAUUGUUAACAAAUUAAAUUUGAUUUGUUAAGCGAUUUUUUUUUUCAUUCAUAUUUUAUAUCUUAUGUAUGUGUAUUGUAUAUAUAUGUGUAGGAAGUGUUUAUUUGAAAUAAGUUGUGAAGAACCAUUUUUAUUUGUUUGUAUUUCUUCAAGCAGAAAUUUGUUAAAUGUAUUAUUUAAUCUCGUACCUAUUUUAACGUAGUAUUAACAGCUGUUUUAAUAGUUUGUAGAUUUUUAUUUUGUUUGUUUUUCAUUUUAUGAAUGGUUAUGGAUGAACAAAUUUCUUUGGUUUCAUUAUUUGUGACUGAGUACGCAUCUUUUUUAAUUGUCUCUCAACAAAGUGAGAAAACUUAGAUGACAAAAAAUUGAUAAUUAAGAUAAUCAAAUGAUAAAUUGUUGAUUAUAGUAUUCAAAGGAGAAAGCUACUGUGAAAUGUUAGGUUGAAAGUCAUGAUACUGGAAAAAAAAAUUAUGGAUAAUUGAAUUUAAAAUAAUCCACACCCAUAAAUUUUGGAUUUAGUUGGUGCCAUGUCUUUUCCCAUUUUAAGAUAAUAAUUAACCAGAGAUCUUGCAUUAAAAAAGCUUUCUUUUAAUUCACAGCAAAACUCUUCUUUGCAUAGUACUGUGAACCUAAAACAUUUUAAUAUUCAUGAUUUCAAUACUUGUGUAAAUAUUUUAGAUAUUGCUCCCAAUCUCAAGACUGGGCAUUUUACAAUUCUACUGCCGAGUUCCCUCCUCCCAGUAAAUGUUUUAAGAUUAAAAAAAAAAAAAAAA